AUGGCCCCUUCCGAUCGCCUCAAUCAGGUCAAUGAGCACCUCAAUUAUCCAGCCGGCGUGCUAGCCGGCCAAGUCGCCAUCAUCACCGGCGCAGGCCAGGGAAUCGGCGCAGAGGCCGCACGUCUAUUCGCAAACGAAGGCGCAAAGGUCAUUGUCGCUGACAUUGAUGCCAAAAAAGCCAAUGCCGUAGCUGACGCCAUCAACUCGGUCAAGGCCGGCCGUGCCCUUGCGGUUGUUGGUGACAUCCUUGACGGCGACUACAUUACCGAGCUUGUGAAGCGCGCAGCUGAAUUCGGCAAUGGCAAGAUUCACAUUAUUGUGAAUAAUGCUGGGUUCACUUGGGAUGGGGUUAUUCACAAGAUGACCGAUAAACAAUGGGAUACCAUGCUGGCAGUCCACAACACAGCGCCCUUCCGCCUCGUGCGCGCAGCAGCACCCUACUUCCGUGUGAAGGAUCAAGAACCACGCGUGGUCAUCAAUAUUAGCAGCACGAGUGGAAUCCACGGUAAUGCCGGCCAAGCCAACUACGCCGUCGCAAAAGCAGGCGUAGUAGGCCUAACAAAAACAAUCGCAAAGGAAUGGGGUCCUGCCUUCGGCGUCCGCUCAAACACCAUCGCCUUCGGCUACGUAACGACGCGCCUAACGGCUGCCAAGGAAGAAGGCGCCUUCAUCACGACUCCGGACGGUACAAAGGUUGCUCUUGGAAUUCCGGGUAAGCAGCUUGCUAGUAAGAAGGGCUCUGCUGCGGAGGAAGAGAAGAAGAAGAAGGAGGCUGAUGCAAAUGCGUACCCUGACAUUCCGCUGCGGCGACCUGCUAGUCCUGUUGAGGCUGCUAGGUCUAUUCUUGGGGUUGCUUCGCCUUGGUUUUCUUAUGUUAAUGGGGAAACCAUUCGUGUUACUGGAGGAAGGAAUAUGUAG